UUCUACAAAUGGUUGCAGUUGAAUCAACAACCCUAAAUUACACAAGUUAUAGGCAAGUCAGUAGCUUGAGACUCCAAAGGAUUCAGAGGCAUUUGGACAAGAUUAACAAGCCCCCUCUCCUCACAAUAGAGAGUCCAGAUGGUGAUCUCAUUGAUUGUGUUCACAAAAGAAAGCAACCAGCUUUAGAUCACCCUCUUUUAAAGAAUCACAAGAUCCAGAAGGUGCCACCAAAGAUGCCAAGGGGGAUGAAUGUGAAGAGAGAUGAGAAGAUGAGUGAGGGUGGUGGUGGUGGUGCAUGGCAAAUGUGGCACCAAAAUGGAACAAGGUGUCCAAAGGGAACCAUUCCCAUACGGCGGAGCACGGUGCAUGACGUGUUAAGAUCAAAGUCUUUAUAUGACUUUGGCAAGAAACAGCGACGGAUACCUCUCUCUCGCCGCAGUGAUGCCCCCGAUGUAGUCAGUGGCAAUGGUCAUGAGCAUGCAAUUGCAUAUACAGGGUCAUCACAGGAGGUUUAUGGGGCAAAGGCAACAAUAAAUGUGUGGGAUCCAUCCAUCCAAGUAAUCAACGAAUUUAGUCUCUCUCAAAUUUGGAUUCUUUCUGGAUCAUUUGAUGGCUCAGAUCUCAACAGCAUAGAAGCUGGAUGGCAGGUCAGUCCGGAGCUUUAUGGUGACAGCAGGCCCAGAUUAUUCACUUACUGGACGAGUGACUCAUAUCAAGCAACCGGAUGCUACAACCUUCUUUGUGCUGGUUUUGUGCAAACUAAUAACAGGAUAGCCAUUGGAGCUGCCAUUUCUCCUAUCUCAUCUUAUGAAGCCAACCAAUAUGACAUUACCAUACUCAUUUGGAAGGAUCCAAAAAUUGGAAAUUGGUGGAUGAGUUUUGGUGACAGCACAUUGGUAGGAUACUGGCCAGCAGAGUUAUUCACACACUUAGUGGACCAUGCCACCAUGGUGGAAUGGGGUGGUGAGGUGGUGAAUACACGGGCCAACGGCGAACACACCUCCACCCAGAUGGGUUCCGGUCACUUCGCCGAUGAUGGCUUUGGAAAAGCAAGCUACUUCAGGAACCUUGAGAUCGUAGACACAGAUAAUAGUCUAGCUUCGGUGCAUAAUAUAUUAACCCUAGCUGAGAACACAAACUGUUAUGACAUCAAGAGCUCCUACAGCAAUGAAUGGGGCACAUACUUCUACUAUGGUGGGCCUGGAAACAAUCCAAAGUGUCCAUGAUGAUCACAUUUAUUUUUCUCCAUCAUCACGUACACUUAUAUUUGGAAUUAGUUCACGUGGAAGUAAUAUCUUCUCUUACUGUUACAUUCUUUACUUGUACGUAAAUAUAUAAUUAUUA